CCUCGGGAAGCCCAGCCCCGUCCCGCUUAGACAAUGCCCCGGAGCCGCCAGACCGUCGCGCCCCCGCCCCAUCGUAAUACGUGAGCUCGCCCACCCAGGGACCCCUCAAAAGCCAGAGCUCCCAGUUCCCGAGGCUUGAAGACUAAGACUCCACCACCAACUCUGUCUUCAGGGUAGGGGUGGAGCCCUAGGGGAGAUCACAGCGCGGCAGCAGAGGGGGUGGCUGCUGGAGACAGGCGAAGUAAGAGAAAACUAAGAGAGAUCAGCGUGGCCGGAGGGGCCGUCCGUGUGGAUGGGAUGGGGACGCCGGGGGAGGGGCUGGGCCGCUGCUCCCAUGCCCUGAUCCGGGGGGUCCCAGAGAGCUUGGCGUCGGGGGAGGGGGCGGGAGCUGGCCUCCCGGCUCUGGACCUGGCCAAAGCUCAAAGGGAGCACGGGGUCCUGGGGGGUAAACUGAGGCAACGACUGGGGCUGCAGCUGCUAGAACUGCCUCCUGAGGAGUCACUACCGCUGGGACCGCUGCUCGGUGACACGGCCGUGAUUCAAGGGGACACGGCCCUAAUCACGCGGCCCUGGAGCCCGGCCCGCAGGCCGGAGGUCGAUGGAGUCCGCAAAGCCCUCCAGGACUUGGGGCUCCGAAUUGUGGAGGUAGGGGACGAGAACGCGACGCUGGAUGGCACCGACGUUCUCUUCACCGGCCGGGAGUUUUUCGUAGGCCUGUCCAAGUGGACCAACCACCGAGGGGCAGAGAUAGUGGCCGACACGUUCCGGGACUUCGCGGUCUCCACCGUGCGGGUCUCGGGCCCCUCCCACCUGCGCGGCCUCUGCGGCAUGGGGGGACCCCGCACGGUGGUGGCAGGCAGCAGCGACGCCGCGCAAAAGGCUGUCCGGGCGAUGGCCACACUGACAGAUCACCCGUACGCGUCCCUGACUCUCCCAGACGAUGCAGCUGCCGACUGUCUCUUUCUGCGUCCUGGACUGCCCAGCGCACCCCCAUUCCUCCUGCACAGGGGAGGUGGGGACCUGCCCAACAGCCAGGAGGCCCUGCAGAAGCUCUCCGAUGUCACCCUGGUACCCGUGUCCUGUUCAGAACUGGAGAAGGCUGGGGCCGGGCUCAGCUCCCUCUGCCUGGUGCUCAGCACACGCCCCCACAGCUGAGGGCCUGGCCUUGGGGUCCCGGCUGGCCAGGGGGAGGGCAGCAUUAGGAGGAGAAGCGGAAGGAGGGUUAGGUGUAGGAUGAUGAGUAGGCAGUAGUGGGGAGAGGGCCCCCAGAUGGGGGGAGGGCAUAGUGUGGGGAAGGAUAGGGGCCACUGGGUGAGUCCUCUCUGGCAGAAUCAAUAAAAUAGAAUUGACCUUUUAGAGUGGACUGUGGCUGGUGUCUUACAGGGGCAGAGGAAUGGGGUAGGGCUGAAACUUAAGGUUGGGGUCAGUAUUGGGAAGGAAGCUUCUUCCAUUUAAAAAAACACCUUUAGGACUGGCAGGUGGCAUGGUGGUUAAGGCGGCUGGAUUCCCA